AUGGACCCUGACAAGGACACCAAGAAGCGUCCGCUUUCAGGACACAGCGACAAGGUCUCUGCUGCUGAAGGGCAAGUCGACAUCGCAUCUCGUCGUAUGCCUGACAGUCUUCGCGAUCUUAGCGAUGAAGAGAUCAAGAAGCUCAACAAGAAAGUGGUUCGGAAGGUGGACUUGCUCGUCCUCCCUACCAUCGGCAUUCUCUACAUCCUGAACUACAUCGACCGCCAGAACCUCGCUGCAGCCAAGCUCCAGGGCAUCAUGGAAGACCUCAACAUGGACACCCAGCAAUUUGCCACCGCCGUUUCCAUUCUCUUCGUCGGAUACCUCCCGUUCCAAAUCCCGAGCAACCUCAUCAUGACCAAGAUCUCCCGCCCUGGCAUGUACAUCUGUGUUGCCGUCGUCAUCUGGGGUGCUAUCUCUGCCUCUACCGCCGCCGUCAAGACAUACGGCCAGUUGCUCGCCGUCCGAGCUGUCUUGGGAGUUGCUGAGGCGGUCUUUUUCCCAGGUGCCAUCUACUAUCUGUCUGCCUGGUACACAAAGACGGAGUUAGGGAAGCGCAUUGCCGGGCUAUACAUCGCUCAACAAGUGGGCAACGCCUUCGGAGGCUUGUUCGCUGCCGCCAUCCUCCAGCUAGAUGGAGCCCACGGCAUCGCUGGUUGGGAAUGGCUCUUCAUCAUCGAAGGCAGCGCAACUGUUGGCAUCGGCGUUGUCUGUGCCUGCAUCAUGCCCGAAUUCCCGCACAACAGCCGCAUCCUAUCGCAGAUCGAACGAGACCUAGCCGUGUGGCGGAUCGAGUCUGAGUCCGGUGCAGCCGAAGGUACAGAGAAGGAGAGUGUAUUGAAAGGAUUUGCCAAAGCUCUUUCAGACCCGAAACUCUUGCUCCUUAUCUUCGCCAACAUGUUGUCCCAAACCCAGGGCUCUAUCGCAAAUUACUUCCCCACCCUCGUGGCGUCGCUCAACUUCAGCGAGACCAUCAGUUUGUUGCUCACCGCACCACCAUACAUUCUCGCCGGCGCGGUCUACUAUGUCCUCAUGUUCUACUCCGACCGCAAGAACACCGUCUACCCGAUCAUCAUGCUCUGCGUGGCCAUUUCCAUCGUCAUGUAUAUCAUCCCCAUGACCACUCUGAACGUGGGUGCGCGUUAUUUCUCAAUGGUCAUUCUACCCUUUGCCUCUGUCGGGCCUCAGCUUCUUCUUUACAAGACGAUCAAUCUGCAUCUGGCUCGACCGGUGGCCAAGCGUGCUGCUGCAUCGGCCUUGGUUAAUGCCAUCGGGGGAACGUCUAAUAUUUGGGCGUCGUAUCUCUACUACGCCCCGCCGCAGUUCUUUGCCGCGUUUGGAACUUUGAUGGGGAGUGCUGUGUUGUUGGCCCUCACGAUGACUGUGUAUCGGGGUUUGGUGAGACGGGAGAAUAAGCGUCUUGACUCUGGAGAUCCAGCAGAGAUUGCAAAGGUAAUGAAAGGGGGCGUGACGGAGGAGAUGGUGCAGUUGAAUUGGCGGUAUGAGAUGUAUUGA